CUCUCCAAAUUUCCCUCCAAAUCCACAGCUCCUCUCUCUCUCUCUCUCUCUCUCUCUCUAAUCUCUUCAACCCUACCCAUACUCCAUUGGAGAUUAGUUCACAAUUAACGCCUCCCAAAAGGAAAAAACGGGUAAAGUGUAGAUACAUGUUGUGGAAGCAAGGAAGUGAAACAGUCAUUUGAGGUCUGUUGUCAUCUGGGGUUUCGACCCUGAUAACUAUUAUAGCACUGGACUGUUUGUGCUCCUAUUUGUUUUAUCAGAGUUUUCUUUGUAUUGUUGCUCAAGAGAUCCAUUUUUUUGAGAACUUUAUAGACAAGGGACCUAGAGUAGAUCAUCUUCCUUUUGUUUUUCUUUUGAAAACUUUCCUCUUUUUUUUCAUUUGUUUUUACAUUUUUUUGGGACGUCGGGGGUAUUGUAAGGUUUCUAUUAAAGUAUGGACCUGAAGAUAGAAAUAGAAAAAUCACAAACUUAUGCUGAAGGAGGAGCAGAGGCAAUACUAAAUGUUCAACCCAAUUCAUCAAUCUCUAUUGCUUAUCACAAUCUAUUUGGUCCGCACGAUGAUUUAAUGCUUCUCGAGCUUGAUGACAAACUCCUACCUGAUAUCCUCAAUCAAAGAGUAACAUUAAGAGGGCAGCCAGAUGAAGAUGCAGUUCUCUGUAGCCAGUCAAAAACUUAUGCCAUUAAAUUUGUCGGAACUUCUAAUUCUGUAUUUCUUAUACCUCCUUCCGACCUACCAAUCACACAUGGAGAUUCACCAAACUCAAGUGAAAAGCAUCAUGACAAUUUGACAGUUGUUUCUGUCAUCAAAGUAGUACCUGGCAGCAUGGAACUUGUCGAGGUUGCUCCUAGAUUGGACAAGCUCAAAUUGCUUCUCUCAGAAAACCCUUAUGGUUUUGAUGAAGUGUCACAAAUGGAUACUGAAUUUGCGCACAAGAACAGGGGCUUGUAUACAUGGAAUGACCUUGUUGAAAAGGUGCAAGCCAGUGACGAGGAACUGCGCACAGGGUUGCGAGCUCUUUCAGCAGUAGAGAUAGAUGGAUAUUGGCGACUUUUAGAUGAGAACUUUGUGGAUGAGAUUCUGAACAUGCUUUUGCAUGAUGCAGUGCUGAAUGACUGGCCUUUAAGUGCUCUAAAUGAAGAUGAAGUUUUGCGUGUGCUGGAAGCCGAUGGAUUCCCUCGGAAAAUAGUAAGGCACUGUUUGGAAGUUUAUGGAAGUAAGGUGGAUGAUGACACUAGAGGCGGCUGUACGUGGAGGUUGGAAGAGAGGCCAGUUUGUGUGCAUUUCGCCAGAGUAAUCUUAAGAGGGAAGAAAAUGAAACUUGAAAGAUUUAUGGAGGAGUGGAGAAAGAAAGUUCCUGAAGGGAUGAGUGCAAGUUUUGAUGUGCUAGAAGGGGAAGUCUUAACAGAAAAGCUCGGGAUCGAGACUCGGAUUUAUGCUUUUAGUGUUUCUUCACUCCCAUCUAUGCCUGCUGAACGGUUUUCCAAAUUAUUCCAGGAGAAGCCGAAGUGGGAAUGGAAGGAACUGCAGCCAUUUGUCAGGGAUCUGAAGGUACCAGGACUUUCUCUAGAAGGUUUACUACUCAAGUACACUAGAAGAACUCAACCAAGCAUGGAUGCUGAACCAAUUUUCAGUGCAAGAUAAUCUCAAAGCGCGCCACAUUAUUUCCCCAUACAUGUUCCACAAUUGGGAUGGUUUACUAGACUUGUGAAGAGGAAGAUCAUGUAAUGUAAACUUGAUUUUGGAAUUUGCGAGCAAGUUUACUCUCUAGUUGCUUUGCCUCUGCAGUCGUCUUGAGAUAUGCAAGUCUCGGUUGUUUUAAUGCACGUAGCAGCUCCUUAUUCUGUUGUCCUUGUAACAGUAAGAACUGUACCAGGGAGAAGAAACUAUUGAGUUGCAUUUUGUGUUUUAGAGCUCAUUCGUUUCUCAGUUCUAA